AUGGUCAAUAAGCUGAGUCGCUACCAGAAAUCCAAAACCAAGAGCAGGAUCAGCAAACAAGAGCAAGGUCAGCAAGCCGGGACAAAAUGGGGAAACAGCACAAAUCAGAGCACAAGCAAAACAGAUGAGUUACACCAACCAAGGAACACCAUUCUGGCUUGCCAAGACCAAUACUUUGCAGGGGGUCAGAGCUAUGACUGCCCAUACUUCUCUUCAACAUCAGCCUCUACUGUUGAUGUUUCCAAGGAGACUUGGGUUUCUCUCUGGGCUUCUGGUCUCCUGGACAACAAAUCAAGCAACCAAGGCCCACACUCUCAUGGACAGGCAUAUAACUUUGGGGGACUGUUCCAAGGUGAUUUAUUGUGGGGUGACCAGCUCUCUUCUCAAAUGUUCGCAAAUAAGCAGCUCCAAGAUACUCUGAUUCAGAAAGAAGAGGAGCUGGCAAGACUUCAUGAGGAAAACAACAAACUAAAGCAGUACCUGAACUCCACGUAUGUGAAAAGCUUAGAGGAAAAGGCUAAGAAACUGAUGUCGCAAGACAGCCUGCCUUCAUUUGGUGCUCCAAAGAAAAGAAAAGCCAGGGAGAGCACACUCUCCUCUCCAGACAGCCAAGCCAAAAAGGCCAAGAGAAAUCUCUACGAUGACUUCACUGCCUGCGAACAGCAAACCAGCUCUACAGUAGACACAUGGGUUCUGCAAACCCUUGGACUAAAAGAUGUCAACACUAUUGAUGAGUCAGACUCAGCUAACUACAGUGCUUUGUCUUCACAUCUUCUCCACCACCUGCAGGGGGCAGACUACUGUAAUAUCCAGGGCUCUCCCUCCUCUGGUUACGGUACAGCACAUGUUACUCCUACCCAUAGCCAGGAUGCCAGCACCUACAGCCAAGAUUCUCCAUAUCUACAUGAUCUUUCUCCAUCCCACUGUGGCUCCACUUCAUCACUGCCUGGAAGUCAACCUGUUAGCCCAUUUGCUUCUCCCAUCUACUACACUCCAGAUGUAUCUCCAAACAAAACCGAAGUUGCCUUCUCUACUUCCUUGAGCCCCCACAACAAUGUGAAGACCCACAGCUUCUCUCAAGGACAAGCUUUUGUACGCCGGGAUAAUGAAGGAGGAUGGAAGUUCACUUGGGUACCCAAGCAGUCUGAAUAAACUGAGGGAUGCGUGCAGACCCAGGAACUGCCCAUAACACUUUUGCACUUUGUUCUCCUAGGAGAGCAUGCUGGUUAUGAUGAGGACACGUGGUGGCAUUAGCAUAUCACACAAAGCAGUCCGGUUCUUUAAUCUUGUCCCAUCCGACACUCAGAGAAAGAACGUUGAAUCGUGAGCUCGAUUUUCUUGGACCAGCUUUGACCUUUCAAGGCAUCUUGUUUAAAUGACAUUGUUUAUGUCGAUCUACUUUUUCCAUGAAAAAAAAAAAUGUAGGAUUUGCUAACAGUAUUUAUUUCUGUUUAGUUGUAUGUGCAAAUAAUGUCAGUGACGUGAUCCUGAGUAGUUUUAACCCAUUGUGUAUUUUGCUGCCAGAAGUACAGUGCCAUACCAAUCAGUUUGAAAUCAAAUGAUUUAUCACUGCCUAAUUUUCCCUAUGGUAUUAUUAUUAUUUUUUUUAAUGAUAGGAGGUUACACUGCCUGGAUUAAUCUAAAUCAGAUGUAUCUCUCUAUAUUGGAUAUACUGGUUUUAUUCACUGCCAGAUAAGGCUGCUACACAGUUCUCAGAAUAGAAUGUGAUGUCCCAAGUCAGGAAUAUUGACAAAUCCUUUUUUUUUGUUAGGAUAUUUGUGUUGGUAACUAUUUAUUUACUGGUUUUUUUACAGAUAAACAUGGACAAUCACAUAUGUUUUGUGGUGUUAUGUCUACCUUGUUCACUAAAAUGUAAAUAAAAUAA